AUGGCCAAAGCAACAUACGCACCCUCCACCUUCUCCGAGACCUCGACCAUCUGCUCCUUUGAAAAGGAAUCCUUCGAAAAGGACCCCGCUGUGACAGUAGCGGCAGCACCCGCCGUCAAGGAACGCCGCUCCCUCCGUUCAAGAGUCAAGAAGGCCCUCCGCGAGGUCGGAAACCCGCCCACCUACCGCUACGACCUCGAGCACGGCAUCGAGACCAAGAGAACGGUACCCGUCGGCCCCAUGGGCUACAAUGUUCUCAACCAGCCCUCGCGUAUGUAA